AUCGCCUUACUCAGUCUAUUGUGAAGAAAAGAAAAAAAAAAGCUUUACUCAGUCACUGCUAUGGAUACCUGAAAUCACUAGGUGAGGCGUUUUGGCGUUGUAUGGCCCCUAGGUGUGCCUAAAUGUAAGAUUAAGCACACCUUUUUGGAACCCUGGGCAUGAGCACUGCUAAUGCUUUGCCCUUAUAUGUCUACCUCAUCUUGACUGGUUUUCACUUGAUUUGUUUUCAUGUCUAUUUGUAUUUCUUCUCUUUUGACUAUGAGAGCUUGAUCGCAAUCAGAUUGUGUUGUUGUCCUUAUUUAAUCACUAAUCAAAUGGAUACAAUAGGACUUAAAUUGGAUUCCGAUCACGUACAUAUAUUUUGUUUCAAACCCAAGUGUUUCUCGGUGAACUAAAACUUCACGUGCGUGAAUGGCGAACAACGGAGGAAUAAACAACUCGGAGGAUAGAAGGAAUACAACGAUCAUCAACAAACUCAUCCACAAUCGAGUGAACUAAAAGAGGUGGUCUGUGUGUAAUCUGCCCCAUCUGUAGAAUCAUAAGUCGAUUUGAUGGUGCUACGAAGAUAAAUCAAGGGAAGUGCAACCGAAUCUGUUGGUUUCUCAAGUGAUGGAUCAAUCUCAUUUUCUUAUGGAAAUUUUAUGAUUGUAUUUCGUAUGUUUUUAUUGUUGAAUUACUUGCUCUUCGUGAUGAUAUGAGGUGGUGUCUAAGCAUAAUAUUUGGUUGUUGCUUUUUGUGGUGACUCACAUAUGGUCAUCCGACAUGCUAUAUAGAAAGAAGCUACUCAAUUGGUGGUUGUUGUUGUUGAUGCUUGCUUAGUGACAAAAUAGUCUUUUUAAUCGAUAGUUUGGUUGCAUACGAACUACCGCGUAUAGUUGUUGUCCAUUUUAUAACUUGGUUUGUCUGCUAUGUUCGUUUUGCUUAUAUGGUAAAAAAGUGUAAGACUGCAUCUAUCAUCUAAUUAGACUCAAUAUUAUGAUCUAUAUACUUUUUAGUUUGUGAAGGGUAACAUGCGAGUAUGUGUCGACCGACCUAUCACCAAUGCCAAAGAGAAGAAUUUCGCUAAGGUGGUUCGAGUACGAAGUAAGUGAAAGGAAGCAGGCAACCAACAAUGAGUAGAGACUAGCGACUAUUGCCUACUAACUGAUGUCGGCCUUCCAUUGCCUACUAACUGAUGUUGCCUGAAUAGUACUAUUUUUGGUGAUUGUUCCAAGACGUAAGAUGGUGUUUGAGACCUCUCUUGAUCUCAAGUGACUACAGUUCAGGUUCCAUAUCCACAUAGGUAUCAUUCACCAUGACAAACAUUUAAUACGAAACGAAUAUGAGUAUUGAAGUACUUCCUCAUCCCACCCCAUCAGCAUGCUAACAAUAAAAUAAUAAGUGAGGAACAAAAUUUAAAUUUGUGUUGCAUUCCGACAUUCUUGCUUUACCAUCCGUCCCAAACUAGUAAAGCAGAAACAAAAAAAUCUCAACCCACAUCAUGGGCUGGCUCCACAUGAAAAUAAUAUAUGGUGUGGUGGUGGGUGGCAUUUCUUGUAAUAUGUAGGCCAUCUCGAGGUCACCCUCAGAACCCACUUCUUAUAAGUACACAAACACUCUGCAGUCUCUCGACACAAUUGAAUUGAAUUCCUCCUCUCCCUGAGAAGCCAAGAACUAUAGAAAGCCAUGGGUAAUUGCAUGGUUGUUGAAGAGAAAGUGGUGAAGGUGAUGAGACCAGAUGGGAAGAUCCUGGAGUACACAUCACCAACCAUAGUCCAGCAAGUCAUGUCCGAUUUCCCGGGCCAAUUCGUCUGUGAUCAUUCAUAUUCAUCACUUCAGCAGCAGCAGCAGCAGCAGAAUAUGCUGCCAGAGGCCAAGCUCGUGUGUGGUCGCUUGUAUUAUCUCGUCCCUCUGCCGCCUCCAGUACCAGCAUCACCAGAAAAACUAGUUGUCAAGCAGAAGAAGAAAGUGAGGUUUGCAGUUCCAGAAGGAGGAGAGAAAGAGAGUAGCCAGAAUAAGAAGGUAGAAGAACAUCACCAUGAUGAAUCUGAUGUUAAAGGUGGUGGAGUGAUGAGGAUAAAGCUGGUGAUCACCAAGCAGGAACUGGAGGAAUUGCUGAAGAAAGGUGGGGUUUCUGUUGGUGACAUGGUUUCUCAUCUACAGGAUCAGCAAAGAUUGGUGAAGGUUGAUGUUGGAGAAAAUGAUCAACAGCAGCAGGAGGAGGAAGAGUGGCAGAAAAAUUGGAAGCCUGUACUGGAAAGUAUACCUGAAAUUGCUUAGUACUUAAGGGGGGUAAAUAAGCUGAUGUUCUUCUGGGUUAGAUGUAAUAUGUAGAAUAGUAGUUUAUGGAGAAGAAAAAAGGGUAUAAUUUUACUGCUCCAGCACAGUGGAGACACACUCCUGGUCCUGGAAGAUGUAAAAUAGUGUCCUUGAAUGUAUUCCAGAGCUACCAAGCAAACUGUAUCCUUCAAAUCUAAAAAUAUGGAAACUCAGCAAACAAGCUUUGAUCUGCUUCUGAUCCCUACUCCAUUGAUGUUCAUUAGCUGCUCUAGCAUUAGGGGGGAAAGAUGUUGCAGAACUGGUGAUUGGACUGGUCUGUGCGAAAAUCCCCACAAGCAAAUCAGCAAGGGAAGGUGUUAAUAUAAACCCAGAAAUGCUUUUCUUUCUUCUAAGGUAAUGGCCAUUAUUACAACAAUGUUUUUCUUUGUGAAUAGAAUCAAUGAUUCCAGAGUUUACUAAUGCCAUGAGCAGUGGUAUGGGCCACUAUGGCAGUUAGUGCCGUUUCUGUUCUAAUUAAUGAAACUAGGUCCUGCACUGAUGGGAAGCAGUCAUAUGGUGGAUCUGAUCAGCGAGUAUAAUGAUGGAAACAGGAUCUACCGUGUCGGUAAUCGAGUCAAAGAAUAGAGAAUCGAUCUGAAUAUUCGAGAUUUGGGAAAACUGGUUUAAUGAUGGAAACAUGGUCUAUUAUCGUGUCGGUAAUCGAGUCAAAGAAUUGAGAAUCGAUUUGAAUAUUAAGGAUUUGAGAAAUUUUGCGAAUAGAAUUAGCAUUUGAAUGAAGAAAGCUUUGAAAAGAAGAAAAAGGGGAGGGGGAGUCCGGCUAGGGCCGAAGGAGAAAGAGACGAGAAGGAGGGGGAAAGGGGAUCGGUCGAAUAGAGUAGAGAAGAGAGGAGAGAGAGAUUAGGUUUCACGAUUUCUGAUUUUGGUUAAACUUACUAAUUCAAUCCACAAUUUACGAAUCGAUAAGUUUAACCAGAUUAUGAGUAGAUUAUGAGAAUUGGGCGAAUUAUAUGUUUCUUUUUCUACUGAAUCUCUUAAUCUACUCAUAGUUAACCAUCAAAGCUCAAAUGCCAAACACAUAACUUCCAAAAACCUCGAAAAUAAACUCAAAUAUCCACACAAAAAAUAAAACAAAAAUACCAUAAAACAUAAAUAAAAUCCAUAUAUGAAAACUGAAGGAGAGCUGAAUGACCAAUCAUGACAAAUUCAAGCAUAUAUGUUGCUCCAAACAAUGGUUAGUGCUCUCCUCUGUACAUCAACUUCCCACAAGUAGGGCUGCAAAUGAGCCAAGCUGCUCGCGAGCAACUCGGCGUUCGAAUCGGAAAAAACUCGUUCGACACUCGACUCGUUGUUUAACAAGCCAGCUCGCGAGCCGACUCGUUAGUAAACGAGCCAAGCUUGAGCUAGGCCAUGCUCGGCUUGAUAAGCUCGUGAGCUAGCUUGACUCGGUGGCUUGUUGAGCUAAGCUCGUGAGCUGGCUUGUUUAAAGCUUGUGGAAGGAUUAAUUACUCUUCUGAACAUGAAAAUUAUCUUUUUAAUAAGGAUGUGUAUGGAAGUUACAUGUUAUUUUUAGUUUCUAGUGUUCUUUUUAUUAUUUUUAAUUUCUAAUGUUCUUAUUUGUACACAUUUUUCAGCAAGAAUGGUUUCAAAUCGAGCUUUUCUUGAGCCGAGCUUGUACUCAGCUUGACAAGCUGUGUUAAUGACCAUUUAUCGAGCUCUGUCGAGCCGAGCUCGAGCUGGAUUAUUUUUAAUCGAGUCGAGCUUGAGCUCGAGCUGGAUAAUCAAAAUUCGAGUUCGAGCCGAGCUCGAGCUAAAAAAUUUAUAAACGAGCC